AUGGAUGAUGAAUCAACUCGGCCGCUUAUGACAGAUUCGAACUCGCCACCACCGCGGAGAUCUCUAGACGACACGAUCGAGAGAUACAUUGGAAGUUUUGGGUGGGCCCAGUUCCUUCAAGCGUCACUAGUCUCCUUCUCCGGCGUUUUCGACGCUCAGCAAACUUUCAUCUCCGUCUUCACAGACUUCGAACCCACAUGGCACUGCACCGAGUCAGACUCGUUCUGCCACCAAUCCGUCUCCAACAUCUGUAUCCUCCCCAAAUCCGCCUGGUCCUGGGAUUUCUCUCCUCACGUCUCCGUCAUCUCCGAAUGGGGUCUCCAAUGCGCCGGCUCCUUCGUCAAGGGCUUGCCGGAGAGCUCCUUCUUCGUCGGAUGUUUGAUCGGCGGUGUGAUUCUCUCCACGUUGGCCGAUUCUUCGCUGGGUCGCAAGAACAUGCUGUUUCUCUCGUGUCUCGUGAUGUCGAUAUCAACGAUGCUAACGGUUUUCUCGCCGAACAUUUGGGUUUACGCGUUUCUCCGAUUCGUUAACGGAUUUGGCCGAGCGACGAUCGGCACGUGCGCGCUCGUGCUUUCGACGGAAUUGGUCGGGAAGAAAUGGAGAGGACAGGUCGGGAUCAUGAGUUUCUUCGGAUUCAUGCUCGGGUUCUUGUCUCUCCCUCUCAUUGCGUACGUGAAUCGAGGAAACUCGUGGCGGAUUCUCUAUGUAUGGACUUCGAUCCCGACCGUGAUCUAUUGUGUUCUUGUUCGGUUUUUCGUGUGCGAGUCUCCGAGGUGGCUUUUCGUUAGAGGUCGUAGACAAGAAGCCAUUUCGAUUCUCAAAAGAGUUGCUUCGAUCCCGCUUACUGAUGUCAACAAUGGUGGUGCAGCGAUAUCGAUGAGCUUUUCGAGUUUACAAAUCGAGGAGGAGGAGGAGGAAGAAGAAGAAUAUGAGAAGCCUAGUGUGAACAGCUACACGGCGAUGAAGAAACUGGUGGAGAAGAGAUGGGCGUUUAAGAGAUUAUCAGCGAUCAUGGCGGUUGCGUUUGGGAUCGGUUUGGUGUAUUACGGGAUGCCUUUAGCGUUAUCGAAUCUCGAUUUCAAUGUGUAUUUGAGUGCAUCGUUUAAUGCGUUGAUGGAUUUGCCGGCGAACCUCAUCACGCUUUUCCUCGUGGAUAAACUUAGUAGGAGAAACGCGCUUAUUGGUUUUACCGCGUUAGGCGGCGUCUCCAGCGUUUUGAUAUUCGCGUUACAGAAUAUGAGAAUCGGUAACCACGGUGGGUUACAGUUGGCGUUGGAGCUGAUUUCUUAUUUUAGUGCGUGUUCGGCGUUUAACAUGGAGAUGAUUUACACGAUUGAGUUGUUUCCGACAUGCGUGAGGAACUCGGCAAUCGCAAUGGCUAGGCAGGCGUUGGUGCUUGGUGGGGUUUUCAGUCCGAUUAUGGUAGCGGCUGGUCGGAAAAACGGGUUCUGGUCGUUCGGUUUGUUUGGUCUUGCUAUAGGUUUGUUGGGAUUGUUUGUGGUUGGAUUGCCGGAGACUAAAGGGAGUGAUCUAUGCGACACUAUGGAUGAGGAAGAGUGCAAAGAUCGGAAGAAUAACAACAGUGUGAUUGCCUAG